CACAAAGGCGCUCCGCACCCAUUUUCGAAUUCGAAAACCUCCCGCUCUCCAUCUCCUUCCCAUCUCCAUCUCCAUCUCCAUUUGCUUCUUCCUUUCCCCUUCUUCUGCUCACCAAAUCAAUGGGGUCCUCGCAGAGCCGUGAAGAUGAGCUGUCGGACUCGGAAUCCGAAGCCACGCCAGCCAGAUCGGAAGUGGAAUCCGAGGACUACCAGGACGCCAAUGGACAGGGCUCCGCCGAACGAACCCCCAAGACGCCGUCCUCGGUUGACGAGGUGGAGGCGAAGCUCCGGGCCCUGAAGCUCAAAUACCCGACCCCUCAGACCCAGAACCCCCACGUCAAGAACCCGGUGAAGCUCUACCUCCACAUCGGGGGACACACCCCCAAGGCCAAAUGGGUAAUCUCCGAGAAGCUCACCUCUUAUGAUUUCGUCAAAAGUUGCAGAAUUGAUGGCGGGGAGAAUGAGAGCGAUGAGGAUGAGGAGGAAAAUGCGGGGGAAGCUUGGUGGGUCCUCAAGGUUGGGUCGAAAGUUAGGGUUAGGGUUGGGGCCGAGAUGCAAUUGAAGUAUAUCGGGGAGCAAAGUCGGGUUGAUUUUGUGGCUCAGGGUGUGUGGGCGUUGAAGUUCUUCAGCAAUGAGGACUACAGAACGUUCGUGCAGAGUUUUCAGGAUUGUCUGUUUGAGAAUACUCACGGGUAUGAGGCGACGGAGGAGAACAGGGUCAAGGUGUAUGGAAAGGAUUUCGUUGGCUGGGCUAAUCCACAAGCUGCAGAUGAUUCAAUGUGGGAAGAUGCCGAAGAUGCUUUCCUCAAGAGUCCUGGGUCUGCUACCCCGAUUAGGCCGAGUCAGGACUUGAGAGAGGAAUUUGAGGAGGCUGCAAACGGGGGAAUUCAGAGCUUGGCUUUAGGGGCAUUAGAUAACAGUUUCUUGGUGAGCGAUUCCGGCAUUCAGGUGGUUAAGAACUUCAGCCACGGGAUCCAUGGUAAGGGUGUUUUUGUGAAUUUUGACAGCAGUAGGAAUCGUGGGUCGAGCUCGGUCUACACUACCCCAAAGAAGGCCCUUCUUAUGAGGGCAGAGACGAACAUGCUCCUGAUGAGCCCUGCGGAUGAAGGAAAGCUACACUCUAGGGGGCUGCAUCAGCUUGACAUUGAGACCGGAAAGAUUGUGUCUGAGUGGAAAUUUGAGAAGGAUGGUGUUGAUGUUACCAUGAGGGAUAUCACAAAUGACUCCAAGGGGGCCCAGAUGGAUCCCACGGGAUCCACAUUCCUGGGUUUGGAUGAUAACAGGCUCUGUAGGUGGGACAUGCGUGAUCGGAAGGGUUUGGUUCAGAAUCUUGCAGAUUCGAGCACUCCUGUAUUGAAUUGGACACAAGGCCAUCAAUUUUCCAGAGGAACUAACUUCCAGUGCUUUGCAACCACUGGAGAUGGUUCGAUUGUUGUCGGGUCCCUCGAUGGGAAGAUAAGAUUAUACUCAAUCAAUUCUAUGAGGCAGGCGAAAACAGCUUUCCCUGGUCUUGGUUCACCAAUCACUCAUGUGGACGUGACUUUUGACGGGAAGUGGAUUUUGGGCACGACUGAUACAUAUUUGAUCCUCAUUUGUACUGUUUUCACUGAUAAAGAUGGGAAAACAAAGACGGGUUUCAAUGGCCGUAUGGGGAAUAGGAUUGCAGCUCCGAGAUUGUUGAAGCUAACGCCUUUGGAUUCUCAUUUAGCUGGAGAUAAUAACACCUUCCGUGGCGGUCAGUUCUCAUGGGUGACAGAGAAUGGGAAACAGGAACGCCACCUCGUUGCGACUGUGGGGAAGUUCAGCGUAAUAUGGAACUUCCAACAGGUUAAGAAUGGGUCCCACGAGUGUUACCGCCACCAGGAGGGCCUCAAGAGCUGCUACUGCUACAAGAUUGUCCCCAAGGACGAGUCUAUUGUGGACAGUCGUUUCAUGCAUGAUAAGUAUGCAGUAACGGACUCGCCAGAGGCUCCUCUGGUCAUUGCUACCCCUCUGAAAGUGAGCUCAUUCAGCAUAUCAAGCAGGCGCUAGGACAAGUUUGGCACUCCAUAUCUUUUUCUGAUGUUUUGUUCUACUACUGGUGUUGUCGGUUGAAUUGAUUUCUGAAAUGCUUUUUCCUUCCAGAAGGUUACUCUAGUAAUUGUAGUUUUAUUAGAUUCUUCGACUUCGAAGAUGUGUAGUAUUAGCUCUUUGAUGGCACUGCCACUUAUUGUUAAGGCGAGAGAGAAUCUGAAUAUUCUCUGAAGUUUAUGUUAAUACUGCAGCUGUUCCUUCA